CCUGCGGGACGAAAAUAAAGGGACAAAACGGGACGAAUUCAUCCCAGCGGUUAGAUCUUAAUGAAAUUGAUCUAACGGAUAAAAAGCAAACCAUUAAAACCAAAUUUUUUAAACGCACUAUCCAAUCUCCUUUAUCUUUCCCUGCUUUUCUUUCCCUGUUUAUCUUCCUCCUCCCUCGUCUCAACUCUCAAUCCAUCUUCAUUCAAGAAAAAAAAAACUCUCAAUUCAUCUACGACCCCUCAGAGCCUCCCCUAUAACAUUCUUGAUUCAUCAUCAUCACCAUAAGACUGGUCUAUCUUGAAGCUUUAUGAUGGGUGAUCCAUCGUUACAAGACCUGAAUGUGAAUGAUGCUGCAGCUGAACCAAAACUUCAGCUUGGUCAAGAAUUCGAAUCAAUAGAGGAGGCAUAUUACUUUUACAAUGAGAUAUAUGCAAAGACAGUUGGUUUUAGUGUGAGAAUGGGUUCAACUAAGAGAAGUAAGGUGACUGGAGAGAUUACUUGGAAACAAUUUUUAUGUUCCAAGGAAGGAAAAACAUAUGAGACUUAUGAGAACUCAAAACGGCAACAUUCAUCAACCAUGGAAGAAAGGAAUUGUGGAAUAAAGCGUACGGGUUGUAAGGCAAGGUUGAACAUCGUCUUUAACAAGGCAAGCAAAAAAUGGUGUAUAAGUGAUUUCGAGGAGGCUCACACACAUGAACUUACAACUCCCAAAAGAGUACAUUUAUUACCAUCACACCGCAAGCUUACAAAGGCAAAGAAGUGUCUUAUGGAAAAGCUAAGUAGUGUUAAUGUUCGAACAAGUCAGCAAUUCAAAAUAAUGGAGACUGUGGCAGGUGGUAUACAAAAUGUUGGAUGUAUUGCCAGAGAUUUGAGAAACUUUGAAAGAGAUUCAAGGGAAGAACUGAAGGGACAUGAUGCAACUAUGCUACUUGAGUAUUUAGAGUCAGAAAAGGAAAAGAAGUCUUCCUUUUGUUUUGAAGUUGACAGAGAUGAAGAAAAUAGGUUGAAUCGUUGCUUUUGGGCUGAUCCCACCUCAAGAAAAGCAUAUUAUUUUUUUAACGAUGUUGUUGUGUUUGAUACCACGUACAACACAAACAAAUAUCGCAUGAUCUUUGCUCCAAUCACAGGCGUCAACCAUCAUGGCCAAACAAUUGUAUUUGGUUGUGGACUUUUAAGUGAUGAGAAAACAGAGUCUUUUAUUUGGUUACUUGAACAAUGGCUGAAAGCUAUGCCUAGUGGUCCACCGAAAAAUGUUCAACAGAUCCAUGGGCCAUUUCUCGUUGUUGUACCAUUUUCUACUUUGUCAAAUUGGGCAAAAGAAUUUAGGAAAUGGCUUCCUGAUCUGAAUGUUGUAGUGUAUGUUGGUACCCGUGCAAGCCGAGAGGCUAAAGUGUCUCCUAAGGUACAAGUUUUUGCUUGGGGCUGUUGCUCACAGGAGAGUUAUACUUGUGAGGUCAAUAGCAAAGCCCUUCUGUUUGACUUUGGCCACUUGAAAGAAAGAGGCAGUUGA